CCAUUCACCAGUAGAGUGCUGUUUUUUCUGAGUCGUGGAGAGUGCAUAGGCAGCCAUGCAGCCAGUUAUUCAGUUAGCAAGGCACUGAGGCAGCGACGAGCCAGGCACCAGUCGUCUACAAUCAGUUGCUUUUCGUAUCUACAGCGAGUUGGUGGAUAAUCAGUCGCAUAGCGUGGUCGCGGACUAUUAAAUUUACAUACAAAUUUUAACAUUUGUAUUGUGUAUUUGUUAAUUUAUUGUGCUUUUUAUUGUAAUUCUAAUUGGAUGUGCGCGCGCGAGUAAAUAUAAUUAUUUGUGUGUGGCACAUAGCGCAUUAGAAUUUGUAAAAAUAAAAUAACAAAAACCAUUUCGAAAAUAUAACAAAAUUCAUUUACCUUAACGAAAUAUUGGGCGCAGAGUGAACAGCAAGGUGAAGUGUGUUGAAGCAACUUGUUUAGCCCGCCAACAACAACCAACGAAACGUGAACGAGCUAAAUUGAAAAAUAUUCUCGAAAUUUAUUAGCUUGUUUGUUGUUGAAUAAUAAAUAAAAUUCUACGCUGGCAAUUUUAAUUUUCGGAACAACUCCAAGAAAACAACAAAAAAUAUAAUAAAAUAACGAGAAACUUGAAUUAAAUAUUUAUAGCUAGUCGCUUGCUUAAUACAAGUAUCUGAUAGACGCUAAACAAAAGUCAUCUUAUAACUUGAUUGCACAGCUGUUACAAACAAGCGUUAAGAGAACAAAAACAAAAUACAAAACUUGAAUAAAACAAAAACGCGAAGCAGAGUAAUAAAACAAUAACAAAUUAAUGCAAAAAACCCUUUGUAGCCAAAAAAAUAGUUCACCCUAGAAAUGCAAAAAUUCAAUUCUACAUAAGUGGAAAUAAGUGGCAUAGUGGCAUUCUACAGCUUCCGACUUGAAAAGCUUGUUUUUAUUUUACUUUUGAAAAAUCAAUAACAACCGCAAUCAAAACAAAUCCACCAAUUCCAACUGUUGUAUGACUGAAAGUGCUAAAUCUGAGAAUACAGGCAUCCACAAAACAUAAAAAUCUCUAAAAUCAAAUGUAAAAGUAACAAAGUGCCAGGCUAUUGCAUUCAAGGUGCUACUUUUUUGCUUCGCUAUUUAAUUGACGCAGUCUAAGUUCGAGUUCGCUUGCGGCCUUUGAUGGGGAGCGGUGUUUCGACGAGAACGAACAAUUCGGUGCAUAACUUUAGAACGUAAAAUGUAAAUUGCGUCAACGUAAAAAGCAAAAAGUGUCGGCGCAUGAAAAACGAUUUUAACCAAAUGUUUAAACGAAGAUUAUCAGUGAGCGCGAGCGCAGCGAAAAUACUAGAAACGUAGCAAAAUAUAGUAUAGCAAAGAAAGGAAAAAGUGUAAACCUGCAACGUAGUUUGUGUGUAGCAAUCGUAAAGUAGCAGAACCCCUCAAAAUAACAAAUAACAAUCGAAAAGCAGCCAUCAUCCAUAGCAGCUCAAACGAAAAUGUGUUCCAAAGAAUUAUUGCUGCUCGCAUGUCUACUGCUACUCGGCGGUCUGCGCUUGACCUCCACCACCACCACCACCACAUUUGUGGCAGCCAUGUCCAUCGCCAAUCAGGAUCUCGAUCGUUAUUUUCGCACCACUAACGCUACACAAAUACUCGCCACCGAAGAUCGUAUACUUAUAGAUUUCUACAAUUAUGCCUUUCUCAAUUACACCUAUCGCAAUGAGUAUGGCAUGGAGGAACGUGUCUCAUUUCCGGAGGAGAAGGCGCGUUAUGGUGAGGGUCUAGUGGCCAAUCGGCAAGGUAUACUUGUACACGUUAGCGCCGUGGGCAAUGUGACGGACGAUACCGCCUGUUCGCCGCACAUAUUGGGCACAAAUGGCACAGCAUUUCCGCAUCGACAGUGGAUUGCAUUGGUGAGGCGUGGUCGUUGCACUUUUGAGGAGAAGGUGAAGCACGUGUGCGAUCAUGGCGCGGUGGCGGUGAUCAUCUAUAAUGAUAAACAAGUCAACACUUUGGAGAAGAUGCAAAUUAAAGACCAAAAACGCGAUAUAACUGCUGUGAUAACUUAUCUCGAUAUCGGCUUACAAAUGGCGCGAAUCGUUGAUCUUGGUAUGGAAAUGGAGGCCGCCAUUACAUUAGGCCGUUCUGGUAGCCGACCAUUGAACUCGUUGAACAAAACUUCGGUGCUGUUCGUGUCCAUCUCCUUCAUUGUGCUGAUGGUGAUCUCACUUGUUUGGCUGCUAUUCUACUAUAUUCAGCGCUUUAGAUACCUACAAACGAAGGACCAGCAAUCACGUCAAUUGUGCUCUGUGACCAAGAAAGCCAUCAUGAAAAUACCUACCAAAACAGGCAAGAGCAGCGAUGAAAAGGAUUUGGACAGCGAUUGUUGCGCCAUAUGCAUUGAGGCAUACAAACCAUCCGACUGCAUACGAGUAUUGCCCUGCAAACAUGAAUUUCACAAAAACUGCAUCGAUCCAUGGCUAAUUGAGCACCGCACCUGCCCGAUGUGCAAGUUGGACGUGCUGAAAUUUUACGGUUUUGUGUUCCUUGGUAGUGAAGAGAGUAUUCUAGAAUAUGAACCUGAUCGUCCAGCCGCAGCCGAAGCGGUCGUCACUAACGCAGCUGCCACUGGAAAUCUCGACACCACCAACAGUCCCGCUGGUGUACAACGUGUCGGCGCGCUUGGCGAUCUGAUGCGUAGUCGUGAUUUUGUUAUCGAUUUCCCGCGUAUUUUUGUGCUCGAUGCUGGUGGCGUGACAGGCACGCACGAAUUCCUAUUCCCUUCGCGCUUGCCAGAGCGUUCGCAAUCCUCUAUUUCGCUGGCGCAUGCUAAGGAUUGGAUGUCCGCCAUGACUAUCAAAUUGGAUGAGCAGCAUGGAUUGCGUCGAUUGCGGCGUGGCGUUGCGCGCGAUGGCAUGGAUGAGAACUUGCUAACCGUAUGCGCGGAGGCAGUGAAGAAGCGUCGCUCACGCUCGGCGGAUGGUCGCUAUUCGAGUAGUCAUCAAGCGCGUCAGCAGGCCAUGCAGCUGCAGAAUGCCCAGGAGGGCCGCGAUUCUGAUGAGGAUGUGCCGCGCGCGGGAGCAACCAUAUGCGGGAAUACGCUGCGUCCCAAUUCCAACAUUCUGGAUUUAACUGAUGCUGUUUAUGCGCAAUCGCGUCUGCGUCAACAACGGGAUAACAACUUAGCCCUUCCCGGACGCCAUGAUACCGUACUGCUGCAUACGCGUCGCCGUUCGAUAAGACGUAGCAGUGAAGCGGAUAUACAGUUGCAUGAGUUGCCUUAUCGUUCACCGGUGACCAGUCAAGGCGAUAGUGUAGCGGUUAGUCGUGAAUCGUUGCCGCCGCACGAUGUGGCCAUAACUAUUCAAGUCAACGGUGAAGGCAUCGAAUUGGAAUAGAGCUAUAGACUGGUUAUGCACGCUUUAGAGUAAUUAAGGAUAAUAGAUAUUCAUAUAACAAAUGUCAGCUAAUUUCUGCUGCUAAAGUGUAUGAAAAAUGUGUUAAUUUAUGUAAAUGCCGUUACUGUUUACAUAUGUAUACAUAUACAUAACAUACAUUUAGAAAUAGUUGUGAAAAUAUGCGUGCCAUGGAUGCUUUGAAUAUCCACAAAAAGAGUAAAAAGCAACUGUAGAUUUUAAAUAAAACGUUGAACUACGAAAGGAAUUUUGAUAGCUGAUCAACUUCAAAGAAGGUUCUCUACAGUUUUGUAUUGUUGCAGUGGCUACUUAACCCUGCUUAUCAUAGAGUUCAGCUAAAGGUAGGCCCAGCAAACAUGUUGUGUCGACGGGGUCGGACCAGCGAGAGAGAGAGGUGUUA